CGCAUUGCGCACCCAUGCCGUUACUUAAUCAUAUCUUAAGAAACAGAAUCACUAUCUCCCAUUCCAUUCUCUCUCUCAACCAUCACUUUCUUCUCAUUCCCCUCGCCACCAUGACUUCCGCCGCAGCCUCUGCCGUCGACGACGCCAAGCACGGCUUCUCUCGCCCGGAGAUGUACAAGGACAACCUCGCCGGCACCGUCGAUGCCUACGACCGCCAUGUCUUCCUCUGUUACAAGAACCACCUCGCUUGGCCCCCGCGCGUCGAGGCCUCCGACGCCGAUCCCCUCCCCAAGAGCGUCGCCACCGCUUUCAGAGCUCGCAAAAACGACAUCGCCGUCAAGACGAAAAUCACUGUGUGCGAGGCGCGUGAGGAGGUUGGCUUCUCCGACGGAGACGUUUUGAUUUUCCCCGAAAUGAUCAAAUACAGGGGUUUGGAGGAAUCAAAUGUUGAUAGCUUUUUUGAUGAUGUUAUGGUGAGUGGUAAAGCAUGGAGUGGUGGUGGAGUGCAUGAUGUGUUGACGGGUUCGCAUAUUUUUGUAUGUGCUCAUGGAAGUCGCGACGUGAGGUGCGGUGUUUGUGGGCCGGUUCUUAUGCAGAAGCUUAAUGACGAAAUUGAGCUUCGGGGAUUGAAGGAUCAGAUAUCUGUUGUGGCAUGUUCUCAUAUUGGUGGCCAUAAGUAUGCUGGGAAUUUAAUCGUAUACAGUCCAGGACCAGAUGGAAAAAUUAUGGGUCACUGGUAUGGCUAUGUUACUCCUAAUGACGUGCCUGCCUUGUUGGACCAACAUAUUGCCAAGGGAGAGGUCAUACAAAAACUUUGGAGGGGCCAAAUGGGGCCACCUAUUGCUGGUGUUAACGGAACAGAUGAUAAGAAACUUGCUAACGGAAAUGAUACUGGCAAGGCCAAGAAGAAUGACGUAGAAAGUAACAAUCUGAGCAACAAUGAAAAUGUGGUUGGUUGUUGCCAGGGCGUUAAUGGGGUUUCUUGUUGUAGAAGUACAAGUUUUGAGCAAAACAAAGAGAUUGGUGAAACCACUGAAGCACAUAAAAAGCAGGGGAGCAAAAUAAGUUGGAAUUGGCCUGUAUUACAGGAGCGUGAGAUUCUUACCACUGCCGGUAUACUUGGAGCUUUGGCAGCUGUUGCUGUGGGUUACGGAUUUUAUAGAAGGUCAGGCUGAAAUAUGCUCUAAAUUCUAAUCACAGGUUUUUGGUUCUUGGAGGUUUAUGACCCUUACUUUUUUAGUAGAGGGGUCUAAUAACAUCUGGAAAUAAUCAUGAGAAUAAACUCUACGUAAGUCACAGGUACAAGUUGGUUUGAGAGAUGUGUAGCAAGAGAUUUAUUGAUGAAAACUUUACUUAUUCUUUUUAAAUUCAGCACAAUUAUGAUCAUGUAUUUAUUUCUUUACGUUACUGGUUUUCUAGUAAAUUUAAAGUUUACUGUGAUGAUUGAACUUGGGCUGGUUAUCUCUGUUUUUAUGUU